GGGAACGCGCCUCUUGCAUUCUUUUAAAACGUAAUUAAGUUGUGUCGGAAUAAAAGUGUAAUAAUGUUAUUGCAGUGAUCACUGAUAUUUGAUAUAAACUGUGUGUGUUACAUUGUGUUGCAUGAGUGACCAUAAUGGAGUGCUGGGCAGUGCGCGGAAUGGACGCCAUUCACCGGCUAGUACUGAACAGCUAACGAAAUGCCAAACGGAACCAGACUGCAUAGCAAUAGGUAGCAGAUUGCGUGGCGCGAUGGGGACGCGCCCGCCAUCGGCCUUUUGGCCUCAACUCUGGGCCACUGUGGUCCGGAAUCUGCUUCUGAAGAAACGUGACACCAGAAAGACCCUUGCUGAAGUGCUGGUUCCGCUGUACUCCCUGGGAGUGCUGAUAUUCCUUAAGAUGCUGGUGCCCAACCCCAACUUUCCGGAGGUGAUAAAACCUGGGCGUCUUCUCCGGAUCCAUCAUGACGCCUUUUCAGAUAGUAACGCAGUCGCAGUAGCAGCGGAUUGGUACAAUCACAAUGGUACACUGGCGUUCUUAGAUGAUAUAAACACAAUGUUAACGGAAUCGGGACAGCACCCCAUCACAUGGAUCCGAUAUAAUGACACCAAUGAACUGGAUGACGCCUACCACAGUGAUGCUAAACGCUUCCCCCUAGCCAUUAUAUUUCACACUGAUCCUAUGGCGUAUGGAGAACCACUAAGGUAUACAAUCCGAACAAACCCCUCCAAAGACGGAGGCACACCAUCCACUAGAAUUCUAACCACGUCACCAGCAAAAUGUCGGGAUAGAACCAACACAGACUGGUCUACUGAUUGGUCUCGUGGUGGCCAGUUGAUACCACUCUCGGAGAUGCAUAGAGAAGACACGUGUCCGGUUCUUCAGUAUUAUUAUACGGGAUUUCUUGCGUUGCAAACAUUAAUCGAUUAUGUUAAAAUUAAGCUGGAUACAGGUACAGAGUUCCUUCCACCUCGGGUAGAUUUACUCCAAUUCCCUAAACGCCAACACACCGGUGACUGGCUGGUGAUCUUUCGAGUGAUCAUGCCCAUGUACAUGGUGAUGACAUUAUCUCAGUUUAUCACCUAUCUCCUAAUGCUGGUAGUGGGUGAGAAGGAGAAGAAGAUCAGAGAAGGAAUGAGGAUCAUGGGCCUAAAGGAUUCUGUUUAUUGGGGAUCCUGGUUUUUAAUUUACGCAGUGUUUGUUACAAUAUUGUCCAUCGUCAGUACCGUCCUCUUGUUCACAUUGAAGGUAUUUCAACAUUCAUCAUACGUCCUUAUAUUUCUCUUGAUGCUGUUAUUUGGUUUUACGAUCAUCACGUUUGCGUUCAUGCUCACUCCUUUCUUCGACAAAGCCAGGACUGCUGGUAUCCUAGGCAGCUUUGCAGUAAAUCUGAUGAGUGGACUGUACUUCAUCCAGGUGUUUGUAUCGAACGCAGAUUCUCUCGCAUUUUGGUUCGUGUCCCUCAUCAGUUCCAGUUGUUACGCUCUCGCGAUGGACAAGGCCCUAGUAUUGGAUAUGCAAGGCGUAGGAGUGACAUGGGACAAUCUAUGGAGCGCUGGCUCAGGGGUCCCGUUUGGGGGCAGUCUCAUUAUGAUGGCCAUAGACACGGUUAUAUAUGGCUUCGCUGCUUACUGGCUGGAUGCUGUCGUGCCUAGUGAAUAUGGCAUCAAGCAGAAGCCCUGGUUUUGCCUUCUGCCUUCUUUUUGGCUGGGCAGCCGACGCGGACGAGUUUCGGCAGUACAUUUUCACUCGAAUGGCGAUGCAGUUCACAACAAGGACAUUGAACCUGUGCCCAAAGAACUCGAGGAUAAAGAAGCGAUAAGAAUAGUUGGUCUUCAGAAAUCAUUCCGACAUUGCCGGAAACCGGAAAUAAAGGCCAUAGAUGGGAUAGACCUUAGCAUCUAUGAGGGUCAAAUAACUGCGGUAUUGGGACAUAAUGGUGCUGGGAAGUCUACUUUGUUUAAUAUCUUGACGGGUUUAACUGCACCCACAGCUGGCACGGCUUAUGUUUAUGGAUUAGACGUUAGGGAUCCCAACGACAUGCAUGAAAUCCGCCAAAUGACUGGAGUGUGCCCUCAACAAGAUGUACUCUUUGAUCUAUUAUCUGUUAAAGAACACUUAAAGUUCUUCGCUGCGGUUAAAGGUAUACCAAGUAAAAGAAUCCCGGAUGAAGUCCACAAGGCGGUAUCCGAAGUGGGUCUAUUGGACCAAAUGGAUGUUUUCUCAAAACAUUUGUCCGGUGGUCAGAAGAGAAGACUUAGUAUCGCCAUUGCUUUUAUCGGAGAUCCAAAGAUAAUAAUCCUGGAUGAGCCAACUGCUGGUGUGGAUCCAGUGUCCCGUCGAAAGACGUGGCGUAUCUUACAGCGAGCCAAACGGGGGAGGGUUCUUCUUCUCACCACGCACUUCAUGGAUGAAGCUGACAUCCUUGGUGACCGGAAGGCUGUUAUUAGCAAGGGGAGAGUACGAUGUGCUGGAACGUCACUGUUUUUGAAGAAUAAGUUUGGUAUUGGUUAUCAUUUGACGCUAGUUUUGGAUGGCGCCUGUCGCGAGAACCAAAUAACUCGUCUAGUAAGAGGUCACGUCGGGCGGGCGGAGAAGGCGCGUCGUCAUGGCCGAGAGUUGUCAUACAUAUUGCCUCAUUACGCGGUACAUCUCUUCCCGCCACUGUUCCAUGCUAUCGAAACUGAAAUUCGGGAGAAGACAAAUCGACUGGGUAUUACAAGUUACGGCGUAUCAAUGACGACGUUGGAAGAAGUGUUUUUAAGUCUGGAAGGAGAGAAUGCAGAAGAGAUUGAAUCGGUGGAAGGGGUGUCUUCAGUAAAGCUGGUGCGGGCUCGAGCGUUGUCUAGAAGUCUGUCUCUUCAGAGCAAGACGCUCAGUUAUCAGGAACUAAACGACAAAGAGCAACAAAAGACAACAUCUCUCACACCACCUGCCUCACAUGCGCUACACUCUACCACACACGGUGUUGAACACGUCAAGGUAACACCAGACAUACCGGUAUCAGUAGAAGCGCUGGGUGAGAUCGUGAAGACAAGUCCAUCAUGUUGGCGUACGUUCUGUGCGCUCGUGUACAUACGGACCGUGAGAAUGAUAAGGGAUCCGUAUAAGCUCUACGUUAUGAUCUUUAUGCCUAUCAUUUCUUGUGCGCUGGGUCUCUACAUAAAAUCGCGACAGAUAGUAUUUUUCCGGAUGCAGCCUUUAAAAUUGGAUCCGAAUGCCUACUUCAAUAAAACACCUACAGCCUUACAUACAGAACAGGACGAUUUCGCAGCAGUAGAAAAUUUCAAGUCCUCCCUAGAGAACCUUGGUGCAUACCCCAUCGGACUAUUUGAUGGCAAUUUCUCAAGUCUUCUGGAUAUGGAGAACUUCGGCGCCUACAGCCUAAAGGAAAGUCUGAUCCCAUACGGGAAUAUCUUGGCCUACUACAAUAGCACGUAUACGCAUAGUUUGCCUAUUAUUGUCAAUCUUUUGGAUAAUAGUAUUUACAGGGUUUUAAUGUCUGCCACGGGACAAAUAGAUAGUUUUAGGCCUAUCGAAGUUUUGACUCAUCCAUUCCAACAAACUGAACAACCCGAGGAGUUCAAUUUAGGCAGUGUGGUGUGCGCCAUUUUCAUGGGAAUGAUAUUUGCUUUGGUACCUGUCACGUUAGCUGUGGAUAUUGUUUAUGAUAGAGAGAUUAAAGCGAAGAAUCAGUUACGGGUGAACGGAUUAUCUAUGAGCAUGUACUUCCUCACAUACUUUACAAUUCUCAUUUUCAUAAUGAUUCUCACUAGCAUCGGGGUACUCGUCCUUGUAAUCCUAAACGAUAUUCCAAGUUUAACCAACGGUUCAGCGAUCACGAUGUUAACCGGUCUUCUCAUGCUCUACAGUCCCUCUGCUAUUCUCUUCAACACCUGUCUCUCUUACAUCUUCGACAAGAUGGAUUCGGCACAAUCCAUAAUGCCCAAUAUUACCACCUGGGUUGGAGUAAUACCAUUUGUGAUGGUCGCUUGUUUGGAUACAUUUAAAUGGGGAAGUGAAAUUGCUUUCUACCUUCACACUGUGUUCAGCUUCUUAGAUGUUAUGUACAUACCUUAUGCUAUUAUCUAUUACGUUGAUAGGGUGUACCUCACGUGCAACUUAAGCGGGCUGUGUCCUGUGCCAGCGUUGUCCAGCUACUUCACAGCGGAAGUGUGGGUACUCAUAGGCGCCAUGGUGCUUCAUGUUCCACUAUGUGGUGCCGCACUGCUGGCUGCAGAUCGGCUCAAGUCUGGUGGACGGAUAUGGCCGCGUAAGAAAAUAGACCCAGACAAAUCUUUGGACUCGGAGUCGGAGGUCGGAGGUGAAGUAGGAGAAGAUGAUGACGUAAGACGCGAGAGACGUCGAGUGGCUUCUAUUCUUCAACAGAUUCAUAGCAAACAGUCUCAGCAGGUGCCUGCGCUAUUGGUGCAUAAUCUCCGUAAAGAGUAUAGGAUGAGAAACUCUGAAGGUUCGUGGUGUGGGGAUAGAGAUGGCGGGAAACGCACGGCAGUCGCGCGGUUGUCGCUCGCGGUGCACGGGGGUGAAGUGUUCGGGCUGCUUGGCCAUAACGGAGCUGGAAAAACUACCACCAUGAGGAUCGUUACCGCUGAAGAGCGACUGUCUUGUGGGACUGUGAUGCUGGGCGGCAAAAGUGUAGAUGAAGUGGCCUCUAGCGCGUUCCAGCUUCUUGGUUAUUGCCCGCAACACGACGCGCUUUGGAAGAACGUCACCCUCAGGGAACAUCUCGAGUGCUACGCUGCUAUAAGGGGUAUCAGCAAGGCGGAUACACCCAAGAUCGUGGACGCGUAUCUCAACGGAUUGCAGAUAAUGGACCACGCCAAUAAGAAUGCAGACGAAUGCUCCGGCGGGACACGGCGGAAGCUGUCUUUUGCCCUGGCUAUGGUGGGAUGCCCUCGGGUUGUUCUUUUGGAUGAACCGUCCACGGGAAUGGACCCUAGGAGCAAGAGGUUCCUCUGGGACACAAUUCUUGCUAGUUUUCAGGGAGGGAAAGGAGCUAUCUUAACGACACAUUCCAUGGAGGAAGCUGAUGCGUUAUGUUCUAGAGUCGGAAUCAUGGUCAAGGGAGGUUUGCGAUGCGUCGGUUCGACUCAACAUUUGAAGAAUCUAUAUGGCGCCGGGUACACGCUGGAAAUGAAAAUCGGACAAUCUAAUCACAAACAGACGAUGAUGGAAUCAGAUAUAUCAAUGUCACCAUCACCGCUGAGGUCCGGUGGUAACUCUCCAUCAUUAGAAGAGGCUGAUGAAGGAGGUUCGGGUGGAGGAUCAGUGACGGCGGAAGCGGAAGUGGAAGUUGAACCGGAAGCUGUUGACGUGAAUAUACACACACCGCUCGUUAGUAAUGCACCUCCUGCCAGGCUUCAUCAUCAACGCACGGAAUCCAGCGGUGGUGCUGGCCUGGAGCUGGCGAUAGCUUUGGUGGUGCAGCUGUUUCCUGCAGCAGUCUUAGAAGAAAGUUUCGCAGAACGACUCGUCUUCUCCGUGCCUCAGCGCUCUGUUUCUAGUCUCGCCGCCUGCUUCCAGCAGAUUGAGGAAGCUAAGAAACGGCUGAACAUAGUGGAGUAUAGUUUCAGUCAGACGACAUUGGAGCAAGUGUUCCUUAAGUUUGCCCAGAGUGAAAACGUGGAGUCUUCGGACCAAGAGCAUUAACUAGUUAGAUUAAGUUUGUUUACUUGACGAUUUCAUUUCCUUCGAUGUUUUUAUCGUCGAGUACACAGACAACGGCAUCUGUAAUAUACCUGCUUUAAUGUAAGUAGUAUCUUAUUAAAGCUUUUGUAUGAUUCCUGGGAGAUUUAGUCAUCAUAUCAUUCAUAAUUUGGAAUCUUAGUCCAAAAAUCCUUUCUAAAUUGAACUGCCAAAUGAAACUGCUUAACCCGUUUAGUUAUUUUACAAUUAUUUAAAAAUUUUAACCUUUGCGCCCUUAGUACCACUCUAUCAAACUACGAUUUGCCAUAGAGAUAUAGAGUACUAGACAAAUUUUUAACGAUUUCUGAGUUGUCAACUAUACGAUUUUACGUUGCUUGUGCGAUGGUCGAUAUUAUUCAAUCCUGAAAAUAUCGUAUGAGCUAAUCGGUUGAUCAUUAAUUAACACUUCGUUGAAUAGUUUAAUUAAAAAAAUUGCUGAGUUUUCUGAAAACUGUUCCACUUCAAGCAUUCAAGAGUGCCGUUCCGUAUUAUAAAUAAUGUUAUUUGAUGCAUAACCUAGAAUUAUCGAGGGAUCAUGGACCCCGACCCAAUUCGCCUAAGAUUUUUAAAAGCUAUUAAUAGAAUAUUUGCUAGGCCGUGUAUCACGUUUUGAUUUAAUCAAUCGCUAGUUUUAAGUAUGUAUGAAUAAUAAGAUGUAAAUAUUUGUCAAAGUUAUUAAAUUCGUGAAUUAAUUGCAAAAAUGGAUUGAGCAUAGAUCUUUAAACUCUCAGAUUAUAUUUGUGAGCAUUAAGUGCUGGCGGACUAUUUUGACAUAUUGAUGUUACGUCAGACUAUCAUCUUGUCAUCUAUAUAUCUAGCUUAGAUAGCUUGUCAUCUAUGUCAUCUGUCAAAUUUUGGCAGAUAGGCGAGUUAAAGCUCGUUCUAGAGUCUUUGAGUAAAUUAUUUAUCGAAGUCACAUUUAAACAUAUAUAUUUUUUUAAUUUUUGGUUGUUCCAUUCCAUGUCCUAAUAAUUUUGACAAAUAAUUCUUCGGUGUACAGUUAAUUGUGUUGUACGCUAACGUUUAGUUAAAGUGAAUUUUUCUAGUCAUUUCGCCACGAGGCUAUAGAUAGGUCCUAGAUAGAUUGUGUAAUAUUGGACAUACACGAAAUACAGAGAGGCUCGGCGAGUCUGCAAAAGACAGCUUAAAUUACUUUCCUUACGAUAACCGUAUAUUAAUAAUGUUUUAAAAAGUAAGGAAUUCCGGAAAACAAAUUCAAAUUCUUAUGAAAAAAAGUUUGUCAUUGACAUUAGAUAUUAUUAGAAACACAGGAAAUGAGAUAGAACAGUGGGCGAAUGAAAUGUCGAUACUCGCCGAGGCUCCGUAAUCGUUUUGUGACUAAAGUUUGCUAAUAAUUUAGACAUUUUUAUAUGCAGGCAAUGAGAUAAUUACUCGUGGAUGCUUCACUGUACUUAUUUGUAUUCACGAUAGUCAAUUUUAUUUUUAGUAUUUUAAUCAUGGUUUUAAUGAAAAUUAUUCAUGCCUAACUCGUGUAUAAAGUUCUGAAAAACAUUUAGAGCUCGCUCUUAGGCUAAAGUAAGUAAAGGAAGGAAAUUUAACACCGCCCAUAAACACAAUGUUAUAAGUUGAAAGCGCGUUGGUAGUCUAUGGUCUUCAUAAAUAAAAAUCAAUAUUUUUUUUUAGUAAAAGUAUGUAUUUCAACUAAAACAAUGAUAUGUCUCUUUUCAUCACAGCGUUAACACAAUGUGACAAAAAGAGACCAAUGCGUAAUAGUUAAGAUAGAAUUAGAUGUUAUGAAUAAGAGGGUACUUAUAUAUUAAUUUAGCCACAAGCACUACCCUCAAUAUUUAACCAAAAUUUCAUAUAUAAUAUACAAUUUCUUAUCAUUUCGAACUUUAUAUAUGAGUCAGAGAUAAACGGUUGACUAGUACAUUGAUUUGCGACUGGUCAGGUCUGAUGGUUCUUAAGGUGACGACACAUUAAAUAGCAUUCGGUUAUGAUAUUGUUGAUGAAGUAAAGUACAUAAAUUUCAUCUUAAUAAAACCCAUAUUGGUACCUAUAUAUAUAAAAUUGUCGUGACACAAUGUUUGUUCCCAUAUGAAAACGGCUCGAAGGAUCCUUAUGAAUUUUGUAUGCAUAUUCAGUAAGUCUGAGAACUACUAUCUAUUUUUCAAACCCCUAGGUGAUGAGGGGUGUGUGACCCCAAAAAAUUAUAUUUUUAUUGUUUAGUUCUUUUUACUUUUUUUAUGAUACAGCCUACAAAAAUAUAUACAAUCCUUAAUUGUCACCCCUCUACGAUGAACACUUAUUUCUUAUUAUAGUAGAUAGGUUAUUUUUAUUAAACUGAAAAUUAUGUUUCCUGGAAAUAAUAUAAUGGCAAACCGACGCGACUUUUGCUGUCAGCUGGUAUAUAACAUAUUUUAAACUUGAGAAUAAUUCACUUGCUGUUUUUGACAUUAUAAACUUCAUAAUGUAAUAGCUAUUGAUUUAUAUACCUUUAGUGUGUAGUCACCUGUUUGCGAUGAUUUUAUUUAUGUACUACACUACUAUGUUAGUAUAUGUUAGAUAUGGGUUUAAAUAAUUUGUAUAUGUCGCUAGUAUAAUUCGCCGUUUGACAAUCAAUUUUAUUGCAAAUAAUUGUUGAACGCAACUAAAUAGUAGAAUUGUUAUAAGAAAAAAGGACUAUG